AUGGAGACAGAAGCCCUAACAAGGCUGCUCAGUGGCACCAGCAUGCUGGCUCCCCGCCUGGGCCGGGCCGGGUUGUCCAUUCUCACGACUGCCCGGCUAGCAGCCUUGGCCAUGGGCACCAAAAGCCUUUGGCGGGAUGAGCUAGGUGACCUGUUUUGCAAUUCCACUACCAGCUGUCGCCUGACCUGCUUCGACUCCGCUUUCCCAGUCUCACCCUUCAGCCUCUUUCUGCUGCAGUCGGCUUUCACCUCGGCACACGGCUUGGCCUGCUGCUUCCUGUGGCGUUUGCCCAACAGCCAGGGUAAGAGUGCCUGGCAGAAGGGGUGGCUCCUCAACAGAACCCGACAGCUACAACUCCAUGCCCUGGGGGUCUUGGCUCGGAUCUUCCUGGAGGGAAUCUUCUUGGCCGUGUUCCACAGUCUCUACGGCCGCUACCCACAGGGCUUGCGUUGCCCUGCUUCGACCUCUUGCCCCAACACUGUCCAGUGCACCAUUCAGAAGGCUCAGGGGAAAGAUGCCUUCAACCUCUUUGUAGCCGGAAUAUCCUGGGGCUCCAUUAUGGUUUGCCUAAUGGUGCUUUAUCCUGCCAUAACUGAAAUCUUCCAGCUUACGUUGCACCCUGCUAAGAGGCAACUGGGACGUCCCCUUUUAAUAGAAUGUGCAUGA